AGCUUGUAUAAAAAGAUUUUACAACAGCAGAAUCGGCCCUUUCAUGAACAGAGACAUCAAAACUUUGAAUAUUUUCCUGACUAAAACUGAUUUGGUUAAACUUGGAGACUUUGGAAUAUCUAAAGUACUGGACACAAAAGACCAGGUCGCACAUUCCUAUGUGGGAACGCCUUACUACAUGUCACCAGAACUUGUUGAGGGUAAACCGUAUAGCUACAAGAGUGACAUUUGGGCACUGGGAUGCGUACUGUAUGAACUGCUCACUCUAACUCGUGCGUUCGAAGCUAGCAAUCCUCUGCGGCUUGUUUCUGAGAUUGUGAAGGGACGAUAUGAAGACAUUGGCACAAAUUAUUCUGAUGAGAUGAAGAGCAUGGUGUCUCGCCUUCUUUUUCCCGAUCCAGGGAUUCGACCUGAUUCCAACGAACUGCUGAAGUGGCCACUCCUGCAGCCAACACUGCUGGAUGCGAAGGCACCUCCGACAGCCCAACGGCCUUCCCACCAAAGUAUCACAACAACGUUAGAGUUUGACCAGUCCUUUCAUCCCGUCGUCGCUUCCAAAUCAUGCGAGGUGUAUUGCUGGGGAGGUGGAAGACUGGCUCCCUACAAGAUAGAAUUGUUCAAGGAGGGCAAUAGUCCUCUUCAGGUGGCGUUAGGACCUCAUCACUUUGCUGUGGUAACGGUUGAGGGAGAGUUGUACACUUGGACUAGUGGCCUACCCUCGGCAGGAAUGGCAGGCCAGCUGGGUCAUGGUAGCACUGCGUCGUACAAGGCCCCAAAGAGAGUAGAAGCCCUAGUCGGCCACUCAAUUAAGCUGGUUGCGUGCGGGGAGGAUUUCACCAUUUGUCUUGACACUGAAGGACAGCUAUUUUCAUUUGGGUCUAACUACCAUGGAUGCUUGGCGGCAGUGGAUGGAACACAGAUGCCAACUGCCUUGCUGCCUCUCCACGUCGACUACUUUACUUCCCACCAGGUGGAGCAGGUGUCGUGUGGAGAUGCGCACGUGGUGGCUCUCACUGCAGGUCCCCGGCGCGUGUAUGCAUGGGGCUGUGGCGAGUAUGGUAGAUUGGGGCUGGGCAGUGAGGACGACUGUGCGAUGCCGCAGCUGGUGCCUCUACCUGCCCACUGCCGGCCGCGACUCGUCACCGCGGGCCCUGACCGCACGUUCGUCGUCGUGGCAACAGGUCGGGUGCUCGGAUGCGGCAGCAACGAGUUCAACAAGUUGGGCAGGAACAGCUGUGUGAGCGGUGUGCGACAACAGAAGAUUUCCUAUGAUGUGGAAUAUCUGCUGACGUUGGAUCUUCUGAAGCCGCUCACAAGGUGGGAUGUCCGGCAGAUCAGUGCAGGAAACACGCACUCAGCUAUAAUUGAUGAAUUCGGCCGAUUAGUAACGUUUGGUUCAAACGCGGAUGGACAGCUUGGGAUGGGACACUUCAGGCAGUGUCAAGGACCGUACAGUGUGGCAGGACCACUAGCAGGUCAAGUCGUGGUAAAGGUGGCCUGUGGAGAUGGUUUCACAGUGGCAGCAACGAGAGACAAUCAUAUAUACUCGUGGGGUCGAGGGGACAAUGGCCAGCUUGGAGUGAGUGGUCAAAUGGUAUCCAGUGAGACUGGGCGAACAUCUUUACCCCGGCCUAUUUUCGGGAGUCUUCAUCUGGUGGUGGCCCUGGCAGCUAGGCACUGGAGCGUCAUCAUGAUCGCAGAGCAAACUCUGCACCAACGAAAAUUUAGCGGGAUUGGGAUAAUGAAAAAAGAAUGGGCAAAAACUGAAGCAGCAGAGCGCACAGACCUUGGUGAUUCCGGCAUUACGUCAUUGCUUGCCACAGAGGGCGCUGAUAAACUGCAGCUGCGCAAAGAUGCUCCGCACCUGAGCACGAGUGGCACGGGCUCUGUGCCUGAUUGGCUGAUACACGAGCUGGCUGAUGCAGAGUUUAUUCCUUAUGGUACGGAGGAUUCUCAGUCACAAAGUACAUUUCCAUCUACUAAUACAGCAGAGGUGGACACAUUUCAGGCAGGUUCCAAAAAAGUCAGCUGUCCUCUAUGUGGUCUGGACAUGGUAGAAAACCUGCGACAACAAGUGGCAGAACUGCAGACACAAAACAUAGAGUUGCAGGCUGUAGUACGACAGCAAGAGAUGCGGAUUAAGACCUUGGAGCGGGAACAGGUGUAGUGAUGGGUGAUGUUGUACUUUUAAUGCGAUUCAGUAGUGAUAACAGCUUCAAUGCAAUAAAGUCAAAAAUGGUGCAGCUCCUAAAAGGACGCUGCACAGCUUUCACCAUAGAUGAUAAAUGUAAAAAAAACGGUCACAUAUAGCGUAGUUUACAUAGUCCAGUAUCACAACUUUUGGCCUGUGUAAGUGGUGCUAGCUGCAAACCAUGACUACCUUCGUAAACCUGGUGCUCGAGAAUUUAAAUGUUUUCACUUGGAGGAAGACCAAAAUCAAUUUUUUUGCCCUUUUUCCUGAUUCCAUACGUAGGAAUAUGAUACUGCGAUUUUAUUGUGCGUCAUGUUUGGCAGUUUUACCACUGUGUCAACCUAUAUGUUGUGGAAGACACGUGCGUAUAUAAGCCUUUGGGCAAAUUCCACCUGCUAUAGAGACGUUCUUUUUCCCACUGAUCGUCUGAUGCUUAGACCGUAUGUGUAUCCUGUCAAACAGUGUAUUAACGCAAUCCGUCCUAGCAGAAACGCUUAAAGCCCCUCGUGUACACAGUAGUCAUUGUAAUGUGUGUUUAAACUAGUCACACGGCCGCGUUGGCCUACAUCCGUCCGUAUCACGUUUGUGGUUUUCUAGCAUUAAUAUAUUUACGAACGUAGUAUUAUUUAGGAUGAGUGGAAUUUUAAAUGAAUUGUUGUACUGGUAACUGGUUAUGGUCUGGUAUGAAAAUGCAAGGGCAAGUUCGACUGAUUUAUUGCCAGGACAGAACAUAUUGCAUUGCCAGAAUCGUAGUCUGAGUGAAUUCCUAGGAGGUUUGGGCAGGUUUUCGUGAUGCAGCUGAGUCAUGGGGAUAGUGGGACACAACUCCUAGUCAAUAAAUAUUGUGUGAAAGGGGUAGAUCACAGGCGAGGGUUUUAGGUAUGACGAAGUGGUGAUUUACAUUUAUUUUAGUGUUGUUUACACUGGGGUUACCUACGAAAUACCCAACCCUUCCCAACCCCCACCAUUACAUACAUUUAUUACAAUGCAACAUAUCAUGGUAAAUCCCCGCUCUCAGUAUUAUGCGUGCUUGGGUGCACGUGUGCAGGUAUGCAUGCGUGAGUGAGUGUAUGUAUGUGUGUGCGUGCGUGCGUGCGUGUGCGCGCAUGUGUGUGUGUGUUGUGUUGCGUUGUGCGUGCGUGGCGUGUGUUGCGGUGCGUGCGUGUGUGUGUGUGCGCGCUAGGUUCUCAUCACACGGCACACUACCGAUUAGUCUUUCCCCAAUUAAUCGCUUAAUUACUGCACUGUCCAUGCAAUGAAAGGCGAAAUCUACAACAAAUAUGUACCGGCGAUCUCUGCAUGAUGACAUCAGCAUAAAACGGUGCGGAAUGUCCUUACGUAUUCGCACGUCUGAAUCCAUAGAGGGCCUGUGUAAGCUCAAUCACAAUCAAAUGCCUAAGAGCCAUUUACCGAUUGAAGAACCAAUUCUAAUCUAAUGUGUACAUGCCCCCGCGACUGAAGUCCGGCGGGGUACUAUGGUUUCAUGUCUCUGUCCAGCCCGCCGCGCGCGCUCCGCAGACACUUUCCCUUCCGCUUAUUAACUCGACACCUAAUUGACUACGUGACCAAACAUGGUCUAACUACAUCAUAUUGGGGAUGAAGGUGCGCAGCGUCUCAAAACCAGUCUACUUGCAACCUUUAUUUGGUACCUUGAGCCUUGCCGGGCUUGAUCCAUAUUUCCCUUCUGCGCUCUAAACUCGACACUAAUUGAC